CGCGCCUGUCAUCUCCUGGAGGAAACUCCUCCCCGCAGACAGCGCGUCCUGUCGCCUCUCCAGCGCAAUGGUCUCCUGGAUCAUCUCUAGACUCGUGGUACUUGUGUUUGGUACACUUUAUCCCGCAUACUCGUCUUAUAAAGCUGUGAAAUCGAAAGAUGUGAAAGAAUACGUGAAAUGGAUGAUGUACUGGAUAAUAUUUGCCCUAUUCACUGCCGUGGAAGUGUUUACAGAUAUGUUUCUUUGUUGGAUUCCUUUCUACUAUGAACUGAAGAUCGCCUUUGUGGUGUGGCUGCUGUCUCCGUACACUAAAGGCUCCAGUGUGCUGUACAGGAAGUUUGUCCAUCCCACGCUUUCCUCAAAAGAAAAGGACAUUGACGAGUAUAUCUGCCAAGCAAAGGACAAAAGCUAUGACACGCUGGUGCAUUUUGGAAGAAAAGGGCUGAAUGUUGCUGCCACAGCUGCAGUCAUGGCGGCAACAAAGAGCCAAGGGGUCCUGUCAGACCGACUGAGGAGUUUCAGCAUGCAGGAUCUGGCUUCCUAUCAGGAAGAGCCCGUUAGCACCACCCCCGGCACCAAGCAGCCUGCAGCAGCACAGCAUCGAACCAGAUCUAUGAUGCGCAGCAAGUCAGAGAGCUACAACAAGGAGAAGGAUUUUGACAUGACAGACUAUGAGGUCUUGGGGUUGGACCAGUGGGACUCCAAGAGCUCUCUGUCCCAGACCACUUCCCCCACCGAGCCUGAUUCCACACCCAUUACACUCUCUCUGACACCCCAGUCCACUCCACCCUCCACUCCUUCUCCACCUCCCUCACCAUCAGCUCCAGAGCAGCCUGAGGAGGUGGGGAAAGGAGUAGAGGUGGCAUCAAGCUCUCCACAGCUCAGGCUGAUGAAGAGGAAGGCUCCAGAGCCACCUCUUAGAGUCUUGAGGCCUCUCACAAGAUCUCGGAGUGCUCUUUCCUCAAACAAUGAAGCCAUGUGAAACUGUCCUAAAGACUCCUCCAGCUGCCUUUGCUGCAAGACGUGAAAAUACUGAAUGGCCAAAAGCUCUACGACUGAAGCAGCCUUGCUUUGGGAUAAGGUAUUACCAAAGUGACCUAUGAUGACCCCUCUAUAUAUGAUAUAUAGCUUGUGGCUCAUGAUUUGGUUUGUGACAUUGAGGUAGAAGAAUGAGUGAAUGGGUGAUAGACAUUAAAGUUUGUGGGUUAUUGAUUAUGUAUUUAUGUACAGUUUGGGUGUACUUCAUCUUUCUCAUUUGAUUGUUUUUAUAUAUCUGGUGUGGGUAGGCAUUUGCAUGUGUGUCCUCCCGUUCAUUAGUCCUCUGUUUGUAAAACAGAAUGUACUGUCACUGGAAACUACAGCUGGCAUUGCGAGUGGCACAGUCACCGUUUGAGAAUGUGUUUAACGCCAAGGAUCAGGAGAAAAGGAGGCUGUUUUUUUAAAUCCAUUCAAUCUGUUAUUGACAAACAGCUGUUAAGACCUGUUUCUGUAGAAUCAAUUAUCACAUCAUGGUAUUAAAAAAUCAGUCUUUGCUCAUUAACAUAUUCUGAAUUGAGACAACCUUUAUUAAAAACAAAGGUUGGACAGUAGCGGCAGAAGAUAUUCUGUUAUUUACCUCUCGAUUAAAGCCUUAAAGACAGUCUCCACUCUCCACAGAAGAAUUUCCACUACAGCUGAGUUCUCAUUAGACAUUUUGCACUAUGUUGGGAAUAUAAAGUGACUGCCCUCUUUACUCUGAAAUGGCCAAAAAAUAUGAUACAAUUAUCGUAAAAACUAACACAAAUAAGAUUAUUGUAAUUAUCAUUUUUCUUCACUAAAAAGUCUUUACUUGUGGGACAAGUAUUACAUUCAUAUUAUAGAUAAAUACAUUGAAAAGUCUCACUCAGACUGUUUAUGACAAUCUACUGUUCAGUUUGUACUCGUCAUCUAAUGAACUAUUUGUUCAGCAAUUUAAGGCUAACCUGGAAGACGUCACUUUCAGCUGUAGCAGAGAUGGAAUAUAACAUGAGCAAAUACUCACUGUGUGUAAACAUGGUUCUUGUUCCAUGUUUAAAGUCACUGUGUAAUGCUCUGCUGUUACUGAACAACUCUUAACCCCACCAUCUAUCUGUUCGUCUGUCCAUUUGCUUGUUUUCUUUUUCAUUAAAGUGACUUUAUUAGUUUGCAGGUUUACAAACUCCAAUUUAACUUAACAUUUUGUGACAAUACACUGUAUGUUUUUUUUUCCAUCCUGUUCUUUACUCACUGAGCCUGAAUCAUAGCAACAUUUCACACAAAGUAUCACUGUGGUGGUUGUUUCUGGGUGAACUUGCGCAGUAGAUUUAUGAUGUUCAUUUCUGUAUCUGCAUCAUUAGCGGUGAUUUGAAGUUUGAAACAAAAGCUUCUCAGGUACAACUAUUCUGUUUACACGUCACUCACUCUGAUGUUGUAGAUACACUUGUUAUGCACAUACAAUGUCCUUUGAAUGGAUGGUGAAGAAAAAAAAACGCAACAGGUAAAAACCAGACUAUGUGUUUCAGCGUUAGUAUCAGUGUUAGUGCUGAGGGUGAAACCCUUCUAUUAAAAUACAUGCAGAAUAAAAUGGAGAAAAAAACACGUUGCUCCGUAGCUGAUUUGUAUACUCGUGCGUAGACUGAAAAUCAUCAUUGCAUGAUGUUUGUUGUUCAUUUGAAUGAAAAUUGGAUUUCUGGAAUGACUUUGUAAGAGGUUGUUGGCCACUGUAGAUGGUAAACAAUUAUUUUAUUGUCAUUUUUGGUUGCUUCGUAGAAAGAAUAUAAAAUGUUAAACUAUACAUUCAUGUCUGCUUUACAUAUAUAUGAAUAACAUGUCUGAUUUACUGAUGAAUUCGCCACUUUGACUCAUUCAACUUAAAAACCCUAAGAAAUUUUGUUCUGGCAGGCCAGAAUGCCACAUAUCUUAAAUUUUAAUGUGGUUGAUAAAUAUUAAACAAAAAGCAUAAAUUGAUUACAUGAUGGGGUGUGGCAAUCAAUUUGUUGUCAGUGAAAUAUUUCUGUUUAAAUUGAUUUUACAGCUAUUAAAAUAUGACACAAAACUUU